UGGUGGAAGGUGGCCUGCCCGGUCCAUGGGGCUUGCGCAGAGCUUCCUGAGGUUUGACGCGGUCCAGCCGAGGCUCGGAGGAUUGAGAGGGCCCUCCUGGCAGGGGACCCAGCCCCACAGAAGACUUGAAAACCAGCCCCCUUACUGGUCAGGUCACAGCACGGCCAAGUGAGCAAAGGCAGUGGAUACACGAUUAGAUGCUGUAUGUUCCGUCCUUUAUGAUUCCUGCGCCUUUGAAGUAUAAGCCCGUGGCCGGGAGGUGAACUCAGGGAUGUGCACACGAUGACGGACGGCAAGGACUUGGAGGCCGAGAUCCACCCGCUCAAGAGCGAGAACAGGAAGGUGCCAGAGAACGCAGGGGGCCCGGCAGGAAAGGAGCCCCGCAAGACGCCGGCCCCACAGACUCGCCUCUCACGCUGCCGGACUGCGGCCUUCUUCCUCUCCCUGUUCGCCUGCCUCCUCGUGGUGUUCGUGGUCUCCUUCAUCAUCCCGUGUCCAGACCGGCCGGCGUCGCAGGGGGUGUGGAGGAUCGAUUACAAUGCGGCAGUCGCCUAUGACUUUCUGGCCGCAGAAGACGUGAACAAGGACAAGAUCCAGGAUAUUCUCUUUCUUUAUAAAAAUACCAACAGCAGCCGCAGCAAUUCUAGCCUCUCCUGUGCUGAUGAAGGCUUUUCCUGCCCCUGCACCUUCGUGGCCGCUGUGUCCGGAGCCAGCGGCAGUGUCCUCUGGGAGAGGCCUGUGGCCCAGGACGGGGCCUUCGUGGAGUGCGGCGUCCUGCAGCCCAGGGGCAGCGCGGCGCCCUCUGCCUGCGUCGUCCUUGGCAGGCCCGGCUCUCUCGUCGCUGUGGACACGCUCACAGGGAAGACCCUGUGGAGCCAGCCCAGCAGCUUCGGGGGAAAUGCGUCCGUCCUGAGCCCUCUGCUCCGCGUGCCCGACCUCGAUGCCGACGGGGCCCCAGACCUGCUGGUCCUCAUCCAGGAGGAGAACCAGGUCAACGGCUCCAUCUACUCGGGUGGCACCGGGCAGCAGGUCAGCCCCCCAGACAGCCUGGGUGUGGAUGGGACCAGCGGCUCCAUCCUCCAUGUCACCAGGGCGGGGGCCCACUACGUCCUCAUCCCCUGCGGCACCGCCCUUUGUAGCCGCUCCGUGAAGGGCCUGUACGAGAAGGUCAGCAGGAGGGACAGCCCGCUCAAGAGCGACCCCCUCUGGGAGGACAUGCUCAGCGCCGCGUCGCACAGGCUGGUUGUGCACAGCUCGGGGGCCAUCCGCUACUUGAUGAACGUGCCAGGGAAGGCGGGCGAUGACCUGCUUCUCGUGAGCACCAAGGCCUACGUGCUGCUGGACGGGCAGGACCUGACGCCCAGGUGGACUUUUGGGACAACCCAGGUCCUGAGAAAACCUGUUCUUGGCUACUACAAACCCGACACCCCAGCCGUGCUUGUCGAGAAUGGGACCGGCCCCGACAGACAGGUGCUGCUCCUGGACCUUGGCUCCGGGGCUGUCCUAUGGAGCCAGGCCCUCCCGGGCCUCCCUGGGGACCCGCCGUCCGCCAGCCUGCCCACCGCAGACCACCGCUCUGCCUUUUUCUUCUGGGGCGUCCACGAGCCGACUGACUCCAACCAGACGGAGCCUGGAGCCGCUGGGCGCCGCCUGUACAUGCUCCACCCCACGCUGCCCGGCGUCCUGCUGGAGCUUGACAACGUCUCCGCCCCCAUCGUCGCCUUCCAGGUGGUUCUGCUGGAGCCGGGCCGCCACGCUGCCUGCAUACUCCUGACGGGCCCAGCCAGCCCCAACCCGCCCGGCCUGGUCUCCGUGACCAAACAAAAGGUGCAGGACCUCGUCCUGGCUGGCAGGGUGGUCCACCUGGCCGAGGGUGGCACCGAGAGCGACCAGGCCGUCCGGGACCGGCUCUCCCGCCUGCGGUACCGGAGCGAGGCCUAGACAGGCUGGCCGAGCCCACAGGGAGGAGGCCGCUGCGGUCACACGUCCCGGGACGUCGGUCCAUCACUGACUCAGUCUACGUGCUGACUCCUGACCUGGCCACACACUCUGCACGGGUCCUGCCACCCCAGGGACACUCAGGUCCUCACUCAGCCCCCCGUCCGAGCCCCUCGGGGUUUCCCUGGGCAGGGCCCUGGGCCGACAGCAGCUCACCCUUGCCCCUCCACGCCUGGCCAGAGACACAGCCGCCUAAGUCCCCUCCCCCUUCGGUCUGAGCCUCGCCUUCUCUGCACUGUCUCCCGGGGUCACGGCUCCUCAGGGGGUGGUAGGCCACUCCAGACCCCACAUGGUUGUGGUGAGUUGCCCGGACAGCCCGUGACAGGGCCACGAGGAACGGGCCUGGCAGGAGGAUGUGCCGUGUGCAGCUGUGAGUGCCCUGAGGACCUGCUCCACAUACCUGGCUCCACGUGCACCCCUGGACGCACACCAGGGCUCCUUGUCCCUCAGGGGUCCCUGCAGCCCUGACUGUGGCCAGCGGCCCCUCCUUCCUGGUGCUGGGACAACUCCCCACCCCAGUUGGUGUCACCUCUGUGCCUUGUUUGCCCCAGACUUCCUGGUGCUGUGGGGGCUCCGCCGUGACCGGACAAGAGCACGCAGCCUAAUGGCCCUGGGCACCUCGGGAAGAAAUCAGAGUAAACACUGGUUUUGCACCAUCGGGAAA